AUGGAAGUAGUAAUAGCACGUGAGGCAGAAUAUCGCGUCGAAGUUCCACCACAGAUCGUCGUUAGUAUACGAUUAAAGAGUGGAUCGGCAGAGCUCUUUGGUGUUGAACUUGCUAUUGAUCAUACGUAUACAUUCUGUGAUCGUAAAUUGGCAAUUUUUACCUGGUAUGGAUGUACAUUAGAAGUCAAUGGUAUGCCUGAAGUAGCAUAUACAUCCGAGGAGACACCAAUGGAUAGUUAUCUAAAUAUUCAUACACAAGUUCAACGUCGAAGAGAAAUUGCCAAGAUUCAACACCUUCCAGGUCCUCGUCUACUUGUAUGUGGCCCUAUUGAUAGUGGCAAAUCAACCUUAACUCAAAUUCUAGUGAAUUACGCCCUACGUUUGAAUGAAAAGCCCACACUUGUGGAAUUAGAUGCGAGUCAAGGAUUUCUUAGUGUACCUGGAACACUCUCAGCUUCUCCAUUGGAUAUGAAUUCACUUAGUAUUGAAGAAGAGUUUAUCCUGACAAAUCCAUUAGUCUAUUUCUAUGGUCAUACCAUGUCGUCCGAGAAUGUCGAACUUUUUCGGUAUCAUCAACAACAGUUGGCAAAGAGUGUCAAGCGACGAAUGGAGAAUGAUAUUGAAGUUAAUGCAUCUGGAUGUGUGAUUAAUACGUGCGGAUGGGUUGAUGGUCAGGGCUUUGAUCUGUUGGUUCACGCGAUAAAGGACUUUGACGUGGAUAUAGUGCUUGUCAUUGGCCAGGACAGACUGUACAGCCGCUUGCAGAGUGCACUUACGGGAGAAAAGGUCAAUGGAAUGGAUCGAUCGAUUGUGAAGCUGUCGCGCUCAGAUGGAGUUGUCCCACUUAAUAGCAAACUACGCUCUGCUGCGCGUAUCAGCUGCAUUCGAGAAUACUUUUACGGCGCCCACUCGCUGACUGUUGCAAUCCCCACGCUAUCGCCCUGCAUCAACGAGUUCUCGUUCGAUGAUGUUUCAUUCUUUGCAAUCAAAGACAUGAAGGUGUCCGACGUGAUGCUUCCAGUUGGCCAAGUAGAGACGAAGACCGACCGCUUGCGUGCAGUGCCUGUCGAGAAGACAGUUGACCUGGGGCACUCGCUGGCAGCUGUGGUGCAUCUACCACACGGCCAUAACGUGUCCUCUGCGUCGUUGACAGAUUCAUCAUGGCUUGUCGGUGCCCCUGCAGUAGGCUUCGUUUUCAUCAAGGAGGUUCGAAUGGCAGAACAAAAGGUGGUGCUGCUUGUUCCCUCACCAGGCCCGCUGCCUUCGCGCAAUUUGUUAGUAGGCUCAAUCAAAUGGAUGGAGUAG